CGGCGGCGGCGGCGGCGGUGGCGGCCCGGCUGAGGUGCUGGGGCGGCAGCUGCGUGGCGGCCGCCUCCUUCGUCCGCCGCCGCCUCGGCGCUCGCCCGCCCGCGCGCGCCCGCCGGCCGGACGGCCAUGGCAGGAGCCGGAGGCGGCGGCUGCCCCGCGAGCGGCAACGACUUGCAGUGGUGUUUCUCGCAGGUCAAGGGGGCCAUCGACGAGGACGUGGCGGAAGCUGACAUUAUCUCAACUGUUGAAUUUAAUUACUCUGGAGAUCUUCUUGCAACAGGAGACAAGGGAGGCAGAGUUGUUAUUUUUCAGCGGGAACAAGAGAAUAAAAGCCACCCUCAUUCUAGGGGAGAAUAUAAUGUUUACAGUACCUUUCAAAGUCAUGAACCAGAAUUUGACUAUUUGAAAAGUCUAGAAAUUGAGGAAAAAAUUAAUAAAAUUAGGUGGUUACCACAACAGAAUGCUGCUCAUUUUCUACUCUCUACAAACGAUAAAACUAUUAAAUUAUGGAAAAUAAGUGAACGGGAUAAAAGAGCAGAAGGUUAUAACUUGAAAGAUGAAGAUGGACGACUUCGAGACCCAUUUAGAAUUACAGCACUGCGGGUCCCAAUAUUGAAACCCAUGGACCUCAUGGUAGAAGCAAGUCCACGACGAAUUUUUGCAAAUGCUCACACAUACCAUAUAAAUUCCAUUUCCGUAAACAGUGAUCAUGAAACGUAUCUUUCUGCAGAUGACCUGAGAAUUAAUCUGUGGCAUUUAGAGAUCACAGAUAGAAGCUUUAACAUCGUGGACAUUAAGCCCGCGAACAUGGAGGAGCUGACGGAGGUGAUCACCGCAGCAGAGUUCCAUCCACACCAGUGCAACGUGUUUGUGUACAGCAGCAGCAAGGGGACCAUCCGGCUGUGUGACAUGCGCUCCUCGGCCCUAUGCGACCGACACUCUAAGUUUUUUGAAGAACCUGAAGAUCCCAGCAGUAGGUCUUUCUUCUCAGAAAUAAUUUCCUCCAUCUCUGAUGUGAAAUUCAGCCAUAGUGGUCGGUACAUGAUGACCCGAGACUACCUGUCGGUGAAGGUCUGGGAUCUGAACAUGGAAAGCCGGCCCGUCGAGACCCACCAGGUCCACGAGUACCUUCGAAGCAAGCUGUGUUCUCUGUACGAAAAUGACUGCAUCUUCGACAAAUUUGAGUGCUGCUGGAACGGUCCAGACAGUUACAGGAGUACCAGUGACCACAUGGCUUGUCUUGUGCUGGGUUCAGUGCUGUGGCGGGGCGUCAAGUGCCUGCUGGCUUACACGUGCUUCUCUUUCUGUUUGAACAGUGCUAUCAUGACAGGGUCCUACAACAACUUCUUCAGGAUGUUUGACAGAAACACGAGGAGGGACGUGACCCUGGAAGCUUCCAGAGAGAACAGCAAGCCUCGAGCCAGUUUGAAGCCUCGGAGAGUGUGUCCAGGCGGGAAGAGGAAGAAGGACGAGAUCAGUGUAGACAGUCUGGACUUCAAUAAGAAGAUCCUGCACACGGCUUGGCACCCCAACGACAACAUUAUUGCUGUGGCUGCCACCAAUAACCUGUAUAUAUUCCAGGACAAAGUCAACUAGGAAGUGUGAGAACGCAUCUCAUCCUGCAAAGCUAAGCCUGUGGUUUCUGUUGUGGAAGGGGUGUUCUCUCCAUGGAUCGCAGGGUGCGCGCCCUGUUCCCUUCCUAGACUGGAGCCUGCAUACACACAGCCAGGGAGGCUGUGGGGGGCCGCUGCACAAGCGAAAAACUUGGUGCAGACUGAUGGACAGAGCUCAAUAAAGGCCAUUACAAUAAAUGUAUUUAUUUAAAUCUGAGCCGUCCUUUGCAGUUUAUAGACCAAAAAAUGAACACCCAACAGAAAACCUGUCCCGUAUCACUCUCUCGUCCUCUUGCCAUCUGAUGAGGGCUCUCGUGCUACUGUACCAAUCGCCCGGGGGCCACUGGCCAAAUGCUCAGGCAGCUUGACCUCCCACAUGCCUGUAUCUUCCAUCACACCUUCUGGUGUAACCACCUAAUAAAAGCAACACACUAUACAAAGUGUUUUUAAUCCAAA